CUGAGUGCGGAUAACGUGCUGCUGUCUGCUGCUGCUGGUGUUUGGCUUGUGGUUAUGUUCUCGUGUCUUCUAAAUCUAAAACGAUUUGAACGUGAUUAGAAGAUGUCAUUGAUUUUCGGCGAAAGUUUUAGAACCUUAAGAAUAUGCUCAAGGAAAUUUGCCACCACUUGUACCCAGAGAGGUACGGAUAAACUUGAUUUUCAAGGAAGGGUGCUGAACAAACUGUUGUCAAACAAAUUGGAAAGGAAGAUCAGAGAUUCUGGCUCUAAGCCUGCUAUCAAAAUUCUCGACAACAAGAGGAUAGGCGCAUUAAACAAAAUGUACAUGGUUAACAUCUCUGAGGUUCUAGCCCUUGGAGACUUUCCGGAUAUCAUGGACAAAGGAAUAGAAAUUACUCGCGUUUCAGUUAGAGACACCAGCACAGUUGAGGUCUUCUGGCUUGCGGAUGAAAAUCAAGAUCAAAUUGAGGUGCAGAACCUUCUUACAAGUGUUGCUGGAAAAGUUGCAAAUAAAUUAAUGUAUGCCAAUAUGUUGGGCCAUGUACCUACCAUCAAAUUCAUAAGAGAUCUCUCAGCUGUCAAUUUUGAAGAGACCAAAAAAUUGCUCGACAAAAUUGCUCUUCAAAAUAGUUUACGUGAGAAAAACCAAGAAAAUUCUGAGGACUCUAAUCCUAUUGACGAAGAUAUUGAGGAUAUUGAACCACCUCCCCCUUUGAUGACUACCAAUGUUCUAGGCUUACCACAUGACAGAAUAUACAGAAGAAUCCUGGAGGCUAAAAAGAGAUGCUAUCCUCUGCAAAUACCUAAACCACCAACAACUCAGGAGUUAGAAAACUCUCAACAGCAGUCUCAGUCUGAAAAUAAGGCCGUUGAAGAAAAAUUUAAACAGAAAAAAGCAUUAAAAAAGUUCAUAGUUCAGUAUCAGAAAUCAGCAUUACGAAGUGGGUCACGAGUACAGCACCAACGUAUUGAACUAUUGAACAGAGAAGAAAUAAUUUAUGAAUAUCCAGAGGAUGAUGACUCACCUGAUUCUAGGUUCCAGCAAAACUGGAAAGAUGAGGACAGACCAUAAUUAAUUUUCAAAUGUCAGACUUCUAGCCUAUUUGUUAAUUAGAAAGAAUGAAUAAAUGAACUGAAUUACUUAUUCCCCUUAUAUGUCAAUGCUUUUGCUUUUACCUUAGUGGGGUGUUGUUUUAAUCACAUGGUGGGAUUUAAAAGAUACGUAGCAUGUCAAUUUAACAAUUUAUUAACAUUUGUUCAGUCAGGGUGGGAUGACAUAUCACAAUUACAAUUAACACAUAUUUUGCUAUACAUAUAUAUAUAUAUAUGAAUAUACACAUGGUUGAGAACACAGGUCGACUGCAUACAAAACCUUAGGCUGUUCAAUUUCAUUUAUAUUAAUUUGAUUAUCGCAGGCAUACCUUUAAAAUAAAAUAUCAAUUGAUGACCUCCACCAUUACAGACACUAAUUAAGCAUUUGUCGAUCAAACGUUCAAAACUCUACAUCACAGAACAUCUGCUUGCUUCACUUGUAGAGGUUUCAUCAGGUGCCUCUUCUUCUGAUGAGUCAUCCUAUAAUGCAAUAAAAAGUAAUGUUGGAACAAACCAUGGAUUUAUGGUGAUUUUCAAAAUUUAAAAAAGAAUUACAAGAAGAAACAAAAAUUCAUGAUAGUGGAGAAUUUACAGCAUGGUGAU